AAGAAAGGCAGAACGAAAAAAAAAUAAUAUAAACGUAAAAAAUGUAAUUCACAAAUAGAAAUUAUAUAGGAAAAUUUUCAUUCAUUAUCAAUCAAUUCUAUCAAUUUGCUAUAAAGAUUAUAUACCAGGACCAUGUCUUCAUCAACGAGCAAUAGCAACAUAUUGAAGCGUAAGAAUGAAGAUUUGGAAUCUUCUUCUCCCGAUCAAAUCAAUAAAAGAGUGGCAUUGGACAGUGAGCAACUUGAUUUAAACGAUAACAAGGAAACUAAAUUACAAACGGCUCCUGCUAUUAACAAUGGUAUCCAUGAAGAAGAACCUUUAAUUGAUGGUGAAGAUCAUGACAAUAACAUUGAAUCAGCUGAACCAAAGAAAGAAGGCGAAGAAUUACAAGUUUCUAAGCCAGUAUCAAAUCAUACUGAAAGUGAUCCAACUUAUGUUCAAUUCAGAAUGUAUUGUCCUGUUAAAGAAGCUGGUGCCAUUGUGGGUAAGAAAGGUGAAACCAUUAAUCAUAUAAGAGAAAAAUCUAAUGUUAGAAUAAAUGUUAGUGACAAUUUAAAGGGAGUUCCAGAAAGAAUAGUAACCGUUAGAGGUGCUGCUGAAAAUGUAGCUAGAGCUUUUGGUCUUAUAACUAGAACUAUCUUGGAAGAACCAGAAGAUGAAGUUUCAUCCCCAAACAGUCAACAAUUCAAUUUAAAGAUUUUAGUCCCUCAUCCUAUGAUUGGUUAUAUUAUUGGUAAACAAGGCGUUAAAUUCAGAGAAAUUGAAGAAAAUUCAGCUGCUAAAUUAAAAGCAGCUGAGCAAGCAUUACCAUAUUCAACUGAUAGAGUUUUAUCAAUCACCGGAGUUGCUGAUGCCAUUCAUAUUGCUAUAUACUAUAUUUCUCAAAUCGUGAUAGAACAUAAGGAUUGUUUAAAAAAGAAUAAAAUCUUAUUAUAUAAUCCAUCUAAUUAUCAUCAUUCAAACGUCAAUACCACUAUGAUGAAUAUUCAAGGUCCAUUACCAAAUAUGAUGUUAAUGGGGGCCAAUACUAAUCCAUUAACCUUACAAACCUUGAAAGAACCACAUCCUUAUCAACAACAACAACAACCUAAACCUCAAGAUCCUUAUGGUCAAAUGAAACAACAACAACAACAACAACAACCUUAUAAUUUCCAAAUGGUAUUCCAACCAUCAAUCCCACCUCAACAACAUUAUGGUAUGCAACCUCCACCAGCGGCUGCUCCACCUAUGCAAAUCCCUCCUCAAAACCCAUAUACUGAUGAACAUGGUAAUACCAUUGUGGGUGAAAUUAUAACCAAUCCACCUGUUCAAGUAGGACCAAAUACUGAUAAAUUCAAUCAAGAUAUUUUUGUGGCCAAUUCAAGUAUUGGUUCAGUCAUUGGUAAACGUGGUAAUAAUAUAAAACAUAUUAGAGAAACAAGUCAAUGUUCAUAUGUUAAAAUUGAACCUGAUAAGGGUCAAUCAAUCAUGCUUGGUGGUGGAAAAGGAUUCACUAAUAUUAGAAAAUUGACAUUAACUGGAUCAAUUCAAGCGAUUCAAACCGCAAUGUAUUUAAUCAAUCAAAGAAUUGCUGCUGAUAAGGAAAGGAAUGCUCCUCAUUGAAUUAACGUUUAAUUUUUAUUUGUUUUUAUCUUACCUUAUUUUUAUUUUUAUCUUUAUUUUGUUUUGACGAUAUUUUCAGAUUCAAAAAUCUUCUUUGAUUUUCUUAAAUUUCUGAAAUUGUACUUCUAUAGUUUUCUUUUCAAUUUUUGAUGUGAUAAUAUUAUUACAUUAUAGAAUGAUAUUUUGUUGAUAUAUAUGUAAUAAACUUUUUUUUUUAUUCUUAAAUUUAUUUUAUUUUAUUUCUAACGAUCUUUUUAUUCUAUUUUGUAUUCUAAUC